AUGGCGGGGGAUGAAAAACCUGAGCCAUGGGACGCUACGAAAAAUAUCGACGACCGACUUUUAUUGAAGCAGCAAAAAUGGCGACCUUAUGUUGAUUUCAUUUUAAAAUGCUUCUUUGCGCUUAUUCUUUUCUGCCUCAAUCUUGGAAUUGAUGUUCUGAGUCGGUCUCUUUUCUUGCUACUGUAUGGAGACCAUCAACUGUUAGUCAAUUUGGAUGAUUUUGAAGAGAAAAAGAACGAAACAGAGUGCAAUCUUCCGAGUAGAACCGUGGUUUUCGAUAAUUUAUUGUAUGUUAUUCGACCAUACAGGAUUUUCAUGCUGACAGUGCCGAUAAUUUUGACCAUAAUAGGAGGGCUUUACCGGACAUUUUUUCGGCUCAAGAGGCCGACCUUUGAUCGUGCGAUGGUCAUUCAUUCUGCUUAUGAGCUUUUUGCUGGCGCUGUUUUGGCGUUUUUCGUCCUCAAAGUUGUCCACCACAUGCCCUACUUGGCGAUUAUUGCGAUUUGUUACAGCGAUAAUUUGGUCACUGGAUUUUAUCAGAUUCUCUGUCUGCUCAAGGUUGAAUCUGGAAGACUGGUGUAUCACCGAAAUUCAGUCUUUGCCGAAGAAUCAUUCCAAAACGUCGACACUUAUGGUCGCCAACUUGACCGACAAAGAACCAACAAAUGCGAAUUAACCUUCGUCUUGAUUGGGUUUUUGCUUCAAGUUGCGUCCCUCGUCUUUGUUGGAAUUUUAGGCAUAGAAUUUUUCGAAGGAAUAAAUCUCAACGACUGGAUGCUGGAGGCAAGAGGAUUUUUCUUGCUAUUUUUCUUGGUCUUUACGUCUGGUCGUCACUGGAUGACCUACCUGCCAGAAGUGAGCAAAAGCGCUUUCGAUGCAUCAAAUCAACGAGAUGCCAUGGCAGGAAUCGACGUCUGCGCUGGGAUUUUCAAAGCGAUCGGCAUUCUCAUCCCCGCCCUGACCUUCAUCUACAUCCCUGACGAAGAAAUUGAUCCCUCCAUCAUUGACGAGCGCCUUUGCUCCGCAUUCACUACUUUUAUUGGUUACAUGAUUGCUUUGUACAUUGCCAUUGUUUACGUCCAGCGCCACCUUUUGGGCCUUUCUUGUCAAAUCCGCCUUCAAUUUCUCUGUUUUUCUCUUCCAAGUCUUCUUGGACCAUUGGUUUCCUUUGGAAUUUGGUAUAAAAUGAGCUUCUCAACUGGACUUGGAUUCGUCGAAACCGAGCUAAUUUUAUUCUUCAAUAAUGGAACGAAUACCACGACUGCAACUUGCGAAUUUGAUGUUCUCACGAGCCUGGAUAAUUUUCAAAUCAUCAAUUUGCCCUCUGAAUUCGUGCCGAACAUCCCCUCAUCCCUAACUGACCUGACAGAAAACACGAUUCUCGCCAACAUGAAUCUAGAGCUCAUCGAUCUCCUCUGGAUCAUCAUCAUCUCCGGUUUCGUCUCCAACAUCAUCCUCCUCCGCCAUGUUUUCACAAAUCUCAACAACAAGCCCUACGCUAGAAUCCGCGAUCAAUUCGUACACACGAGUUUUGAGCUCUUCAACAUGCCCGUUCAGGAAAUGAGUAACAGACGAGUCAAAGAGUACAACACGCUAGAAAAACUCAGCGUUAGCGAUAUGUCAGGCCAUCCGCCGUACAUUUUCAUUUGCGUCCCACUCUGGCACGAAGAAGAAAUUGAAAUGGAGACGAUGACCAGGUCGCUUUAUCGAAUGAUCGAGCAUCAGAAAAUCAAGGCGAAGAGUGACCCAGCCUGCUACGAGCUAGAAGUUCAUAUCUUUUUCGAUGCGCCAUUCGAGAAAAAGAACUUGAUGAAAAAUCGCUCUGAAAUCUACGAUCGUGACAUUAUCGAAUGGAAAGUCACAAACGAAUGGGUCAAUUGCUACAUCAAUGUGCUGAGAAAAAUCGUCGAUGGAAAUGGAGAAGGCGAUUGCUGGAAAUUUGGCCAGGUUUAUCCGACGCCGUAUGGUGGCAAGAUCGUUUAUGAUGUCCUUGGAACUGAAUUUACGAUUCAUCUGAAGGACCCGGAUAAUGUCAAGAGGGGGAAAAGAUGGUCGCAGAUCAUGUACCUUUACUAUCUCUGUGGAUGGAAAAUGGACCAAUGUCAGAUGACCAAUUCAAAGGGCCAAAAGCUAAAAAAAGAAAACACUUACAUUUUGGCGCUCGAUGGCGAUGUCGACUUCUUCCCAAAUGACUUUGAAUUAGUGCUUGCUCGGAUGGUUGCUUCUCCGGAUGUUGGGGCGUGUUGUAAUCAAAUUCAUCCGAACGGAUCAGGACCGAUGGUUUGGUUCCAGCGAUUCGAGUACGCAGUUGGCCAUUGGUUUCAAAAAGCGGCAGAGCAUAUCCUUGGCUGUGUGCUUUGCUCGCCCGGUUGUUUCUCUCUCCUACGAGUUUCAAAUCUGAUGAAGGAUAAUGUUAUGGCUACAUACAAAGGGAUCGCUACUGAUGCCAUGACAAAGCUCAUGUACGAUCAGGGAGAGGACCGCUGGCUCUGCACCCUGAUCCUCCUCUCCGGCGGCAGAAUCGAGUUCGAAGCAGGAAGUCACUGCCAAACCUUUGCUCCUGAAGACCCCGAUACUUUUUCAAACAACGACGGCGCUGGGGACCAAAUUUACAUGAUCGCAAAUAUCAACGAUGUCAGUUGGGGAACACGAUCUGCAGCAACAGGGCCCAAGAAAGAAAAGCUCACUUUCAAGCAAAAACUACGCGCUCUUGGGAAAAAACGAUGGCCGGGCUUGAAAUUUUUCUGGAACUAUUUAGUCAAGGGCGCCCCAGAAGGUAUAGAAAAACCUGAUGUUCCAGCUACGCCGCCAGUUGUCAGCUCCAGCAGCGAGAUUGAAUCUGAAAUGGACAAGAAGGGACCUGGAGAUACUCCGGCUAGAAAUGCGAGGCAAUCUACUGUUGACUGGGCUACUGGGAACUUGAUUGCGUUGGAGGAGGAUGAUAAGUUUAUUUCACCGUUUACAGUUCUUGGAGGAAAUACGAUUGCAGAGGCUAGAUCAAGAGCGGGAAUCGGAAGGAACAGCAAUUUUCAACAAUCAGUAUACAGCGUUAUGCAGACAAGCGUAACCGCCCGCAAACGAUUACUACAAAAGACCAACUACAACAUGCGGAUGGCUCAAGACCUUCAGAAAUUCGAAGCCCUCGCUGAGUCGCCAAUUCAAGGUGAUCCGGAGAAGAUUAUCAAAGCUCUACAGGAGGAAGCAAAAACGACGAUUCAGCUUAACGAUGACACGAGGCCGCUUCUUGUCAUGCGUGAAGUCGAAGAAAGUGCUGAAGCAGAGGAGGAUGGUGAGGAAAUGGAAAGCAAAGCGUUGGUCUAUCGCUGGGUCAAUAAAGAAAUGGAGCAACGAUUCAUGGAAUAUUGCGCUUCGGACAAAUUUUCAGCUUAUGAUCUUCCUACGAUAAAAACGAUUAGGGAACGAGAGUACAGUAGCUACAGAAAAUACAGGGGCUUCAAAGAGUCACAAGGAAUAUGGGAAGACGGAAAAUUCAAUCCUCGGCCAGAAGAAUCGCCGCGAGGAAAGAGCUCCUAUUUGGACUGGGUUUUGAAUAUGCGCUCUCCGUUGUCCGACAAAAUGAAGGUCUACGCUUUACCAGAAGCAGAACAUGUUUUCUGGCAGCAAAUGACUGCCCCUGGAACGGGUUAUCUAAGAGUGCCAAGCGCGGCGGAAGAGAAAGAAACGCGAAUGAAAAAUGAUGAAAUGGCGCAGCAGCUGACAGAUUUUAGGAACAAAGUUGCGGGAGCGAUGAUUUUCAUCAACAUCCUCUUUUUUGUUUUCGCUCUCGUCAUGAAACUACAAGCUGAACAGCUGCCCCCUGUCGAGUUGAUCCUGCCCGUCGUUGCCGUAACCUGGGGACGCUAUGAUUCUGGAUGUGACUGGAUCAACUCUCAAGUACCAAAGGAGCUCAACCCUGAAAAAUAUCAUAUAAGCGCAUCGAACUGUUCUCUUGAAGAUACCGAAAUAAGUCCAUUUUCUAUCAUUUAUGAUACACAGCAACUUAUUCAACGUGAAGGCGAAGUAGAAAAUUUUGCUUUUCAAUGCUCUGACUACAUUGCCUCGCUGAAUGGUUGGGAUGAAAUCGAACUCCGGCUUCCAAUUUUCCAACUUUUCUUCCUUGUCCUCUACAUUCUGCUUAUGUCUAUGCAAGUGAUUUGCAUGUUGAUUCAUCGAUGGUCGACCCUGAUGCACUACUUGGCCAAUAUCAGCUACAAAUCCUUCCGGCUCGAGCUCAGUAGAAUCAACGAUACUAACAGACAAAUGGCGAGCAUACGCGAAAACGGAGUGCACAAAGAUGAUAAACAAUGGUCGAUGGCUUUUAGGGAUUUCGCCCUUGACUUGAUGAAAUUGACCUUUGCCGUGAAUUCGAGCGCAGGGAAUGACGGAAAUUCUCGGGAAGACAAAUGGAUGGAGCUUUACCGAAGAACAACUCAUCGCGCGUUGGAAAUGAACCCAGACAUGCCGAAAAAGGGAAUGUACCGCCUCUCAACACGAAAAUCUCAAGCUCCUUGGAUCCCAUCCGGCCCGAACAGAUUUAGCGAGCGCUUCAGCCGGUUUCAAUCGUCGAUCAGAAAAAGCAUGAAAAAAUUUUCUCGGCGAACGUCUGAGAAAAUUGAGAAAGAAGACGAGAGACGACCAAAAUCUUCCAAGUCGGAUUCAGCGACUCAUAGAGCAACGAGAUUUAUGAUAGACGAUGAAAUUAUAGUUUAA